AUGGAUGAAGAAGGUGCGCCGUUGAGCGAGAGUGUGCAGAUCGUAGACCCUGAUGUCCGCGCUCAUGUUUACAGCCUUGUUACUGCUCUCGGAGGCUUCAAUGGCGAGAAUGCGGACCGCUACGUCUUGGGUGAUGAUGCACUGGCCUGUCUACGAGAUAUCAAGCGUUGGCUGAAACUAUACGAUGAAAAGAACAAUCGCAUGGAUGUUGCACGAUGUCUGGGGGAAGCGAAUCUCGUCAACGGCGACCUGUUGCCGAUCUUGACCCUCUGGUCGACAAGUGGUCAAAAGAGCAAACACAUGUCGAGGAUUGCGUUGGCGUGCUUGGAAUUGUUGGUGCCUCUGACAUGGCCAUUGGAGGUACACAGUGAAAUGACAGUCAACCAUCAUCGACACACACCGUAUUUGCAACAAGCCCAGGUUCUCUAUAAACGUGGUAUUCUCAGUUAUGCUAGCGACAGCAUCCUCCGAACCAUCAUCCGAAUCGGUCUCCCCAGCAUGGCAGUCCCUCGAUCCGAACGAACGACUCGGGAUGAAGGCAUCCUGAAGCUCAUGCUCUACUUCCUUCGAAAUAUCGCGGUGAUUUCGCCGAAUACGCGCCUUGCGGCGGAGGGUGAUGAAGAGGAAACGUCAAGAUCGGCGACCAUCAAUUCUUUUCAAAAUCAAGAUGCUUUCGCUCUUCUCCUAACCAUGUGCUCCAAUGUGGGAGAAGAUUUCAGCCUUCAAGAUGUGGUCCUCCUCGAAAUAUUAUUUCACAUUGUCAAAGGAGUCAACGUGGAGAAACUCUUCAUGAACGACGCCCAACGAAAGGCAAAGCGUACAGACGAGCUUGGUGAACUUUUACAGAAGGAGUCCUCUCUGCGGCGGGAAUAUGCAAAGAACGCACCAACUCGGCAUGGUAGGUUUGGGACAAUGAUUUGGGUCAAACGCGAUGACGCCAAGGUCUCCACGGUGUCGGGACAAGAUGUGCUCAAAGAUAGCCAGACAACUCUUCACAAGAUGGAUCAGAGCAAAAAGUGGAACAAGCCUCAGAUACGUCGAAGACAAGCCGAGGUGACGGCAAACAAUGACUUUAACACGCCCGUCAAUCUCAACUCGACCGCGACAAAAAACCUACGAAUGUUCGUAGAAGAGUUUUUGGAUUCAGGCUUCAAUCCGCUUUUCACGCACGUUCGAAAAGCCAUUGAACGUGAAGCUGAUCGAGUCAUGGAUAUCAAUACACGUCAAUUCUUUUAUACCGUUGCCUGGUUUCUUGAAGCCGAGCGUGUACGGCGAGCACAUCAACGCGAAAAACGGCAUCUGGGUGACAAGUCGUUGGAGGAGAUAGAACCCGACAGCUUUGCACUUGUUGCCAGUGUCCUCAACCAGGAAACAUUCGUUUUCCUGAACCGCUCAAUGCAGUACAGCUAUGACAACAAAGACGUGGAAGACCUCACUGCAGAAAUGCGCUGUUUCACGCAGAUUCUGUUGACUGUACAAGAGAUGGCUCAAUCACCGCUUGAAGAAGACCAAGAGAUCGCCGACAACAUCCAGAACCGCAUUUUCUAUGAAGAGACUACCCAUGACCGCAUCAUCGCCAUCGUUCGCGGGUACAAAGACCAAGGAUUUGGCUACUUGGAUGCAUGCACAGAGCUUGCUCAUGUUUUUUUAAAGAUGCUGGAGCAUUACUCCAAAGAGAACGUGGAUAUGCAGAUCCGAUCCCGCCGCCGAGCAAAGCGCAAAGCCAAACAAGCAAAACAGGCCGAUAUUGAAGGUGAUGACGAGGAGCACGCAUCUGAAGACGAAGACGUGAUGGACGCCGAAAGAAUUGCGAAGGAGCGCAAAUUCGAUUUCAAGCGCUUUGCCGCCAAGUUCUGCAACCAGAGUUGUGUUGACACGUUUAUCGCUUUUACCAAGUACUAUAAAGAGCUGACCGUGGACCAAUUGAAACGAGCCCAUCGUUACUUUUACAGGAUAGCUUUCAAGCAAGAGAUGAGCGUUCUGCUUUUCCGCCUUGAUAUCAUCAACCUGUUCUAUCGCAUGAUAAAAGGUCCGGGUGCCUUGGAUUCAAACAAGCCGAUCUUCAAGGAAUGGGAGGAACUGGUCCGGCAGAUUAUUCGGCGCAUGACCAAAAAAAUUGAUCAACGCCCGGCUUUGAUCACAGAGCUCCUGUUCAGUAAGAUCAACUCGACCGUCUUCUACCUGGAAUAUGGGCAUGAGAAACAGACAAUAUCCGCCUCUAAAAGACCCCCGGCUGAGCUCGAAGUUGACCCGAGAGAAGCCAAGACAACCGACGAGAAAAUAAAGAUUGUUGUGCAUGUCAUGGUCAGAGAUGAGCACACGGACCUGCUCAAAUGGGUCAUUGAUGUCUUAAAUUCGGCAGCCGAUGAGAGAGAGGCCUGGGAAAGUCAGGAACAGCACUCAGAAGGACAAAAAGCUCCCAACCCAAUGAUUCCUGUCAAACCCAACAACGAGUCAUGCCAGAAGGCCAUGUUCUCCAAUGCCAAACUCCGUCUCCUUAUGACUUUGGUUCGCUUCGAACGUCUAGGCAUGGAGGAUGUUCCUGGAGCCUCCUGGGUCGUUCCUUCAUCACUCAACUCUCAAGCUCUUCGGCACACGAGAUCCAUCAUUGAACAGUGCUUGACUGAGCCUGUCACAGAGAACUCUGACCGGGACUUGAGCCAGUUGAUAAGGAGAAAAUCAGGAAACAAUAACAGACGAGACAGAGAUGAACAAACGGCCGACGUCGAUUUUGGGUCCGAUUCUGAGGGCGACGACAACGUCCCAGACGGGCCGCUAUUCCCACCCAACCCACGAUCAAGGGCUAACGCUCUCGAGCAAUUGAAGAAACAACGCAAAAAGCGACGCAAGCAAGUUGGAGAAGAAGAAGAAGAACCCGACGAAGAAGACUUGGAGGAACGACGUCGAGCACGCCUGGAAAAUGCUUUAGCUCGACAAGCGAAGAUAAAGAGCGAUCUGUAUAUCCACGCCAGUGAUGAGGAAACAGAUGAAGAAGCAGACCAGGAGUUCUUUCGACUUGAGGAGCAAAGGCGAAAGGAGCAGGCAGAAAGAAUCAGGAAAGCUCUGCUUCACGGGGUCGUCGAAGAGGUUAGUGAGAACUCGUGGAAGAAAGGCAGUAGGCGCAAGCGGCCAAGCGAUCAGCACGCUGCCUCGACCACAGAUAGUCAGAGCAAGCGACAGCGACGCCAGCAACGGACUGAAGGGCUCGAUGACGAUGACGAUCUUGUCAUGACCGGUACGGACGCCCGGUCGCCAGACUCUCUCGGACAAGGCUCACCUUCUCUCCAAGGUGGUGACGACGUCAAAGACACACCUGUUACCUCCGAAGAAAAUGAACUCGAAUUCGACGAUGAUUUAGCUUUCAGCCGGAAUCGUAAUGGAGACAAAGUCCUGAGUGCGGAGAACCACGACAGCGAUACCGAGCCCCCUGCACCUGAUACUAUAGACGAAGAUGAUGAAGCAGCACCUGUCGCUGCACCGCCUCGGCGAAGAAUGCGGGCUGGGUUUGUCAUCGAAAGCGAUUCAGAGUGA